AUGGCGAUGCGGGAGCUAGUAACUGGAGGAGCAGCUUGUGCGGUUCCAGGUUCUUCUUCUUCAUCUAAUCCUUUCGGUGCUCUCGCCAACGCUCUUAUCGGUUCCUCUUCCAAGACUCAGGAAAGGCUAAAGGAAAUCCCGUCCUCCACAACCACAGCUACAGAGCCUCCGUUCUAUCAGGAUGCCACUGCUGAGGGCCGCUUGAGAGGACUCCCGGGAGCUGAAUUUGAUCACUCCUUUUCCCAUCAUCCCACUCCUCAGGGUUCAGAAUUUCUUCGUGGCUUUCGCACUGCUGAUCAGAAUGGAUUGGCCGAUGCAUGGGAUGAGAUUCAGCGCUCUGGUCCUCCUCCUCCUCCUCCUGCUCUAUUGGAUCACCGCAUACCUCCUCCUCAGCUUCAACCAACAUUGGACGGACCACCCCAAAGAGUGUUGUCAAACUUUUUGCACUCCUUUGUGGGCACUAGCCAUGGUGGAAUUCCAUUUCGUCCUUCUCCACUGCCUGUGUUAGGAUUGUCUGAAGGUGACAAACAAUGUAUACGUGACCGUAGCAGCAUAAUGGCCCGGCAUUUUUUUGCUGACAAGAGUGAAGAUUUUAUCAAUGCACAGGUGAAUGCACUUUUGUCUUCGUUAGAUAUUGAUGGUGAUAUGCGGGCCAAGGGACCUUUACCUGGGAGGUUUCGAGAGCUAGAGGAUUACUGGAACGAGUCUCAAGGUGCUCUGAGACCUGGUCCUCCUCAAGCUGAUGGAUGGGUUGCAGAAUUUAGCCAACACAGAAUAGACCAUGGUGAUCCUAAUGCUUGGGCUCACUCAUUUGAACAGCAGCAUGGUGCUAAUGGUUGGGCAUCUGAGUUUGAGCAGGAACAACGGUUGGUCUCAGCAGCAGAUCAAAUGGGAGGUGCAAAUAUCUCAAACUUAGCUGCAAGGGAGCAGACUCGUAUGCUUGCACACACACUAGCUCAAAACAAUGAUCCCAAAUUUCAGAAUUCUAAGUUUCUUCAAUUCGUCUCAAAGAUGAGUCGUGGUGAACUUAUUAUUGAUGAUAAUCAAGUCAAGCCAGCUGCAUUGUCUUCCCCAGGGGAUUGGGCAACAGAAUAUCAGCAACAAUAUACUGGGGGUCCGUCUUGGGCUGACGAAUAUGCACGUGAUCAGCUUUCUCAUGGACCUGAUCAAUGGGCAAAAGAGUUUGCUACUGAAAGAGAGCAAAGUGGGCCCGUUGAUGAUCAGUGGGUAAAUGAAUUCUCAAAGUUGCAUGUUGAUGACUGGGCAGACGAAUUUGGACGGCAGGUUGGUGAAGGGGCUUUUGGGGAUGGCUCAGCUGAUAGUUGGGCAGAUGCGUAUGAUGAGUAUCUAAAUGAGCAAGUGGUUGCCAAGCAAAAAUCAGAUGCAUCAAGAGGCGUCUAUGUGUUUUCAGACAUGAAUCCAUAUGUUGGUCACCCGAAUCCUUUGAAAGAAGGCCAGGAACUAUUUCGCAAGGGGCUUUUGAGUGAAGCGGUGCUUGCUUUAGAGGCUGAAGUUUUGAAAAACCCAGAUAAUGCUGAAGGUUGGAGGUUGCUUGGAAUAGCACAUGCAGAGAAUGAUGAUGAUCAACAGGCUAUUGCAGCCAUGAUGCGUGCGCAUGAAGCUGACCCUACAAAUCUCGAAGUGCUUCUUGCUCUAGGCGUGAGCCAUACAAAUGAGUUGGAGCAGGCAGCUGCAUUGAAAUAUUUAUAUGGAUGGCUACGACAUCAUCAAAAGUAUGGAACACUUGCCACCCCAGAGCUUUCUGAUUCUUUGUAUUAUGCUGAUGUUGCUAGAUUAUUCAAUGAAGCUGCUCAGAUGUCACCUGAGGAUGCUGACGUGCACAUAGUCCUUGGUGUCCUGUACAAUUUGUCCCGGGAAUAUGACAAAGCCAUUGCUUCUUUCCAGACAGCUUUGAAACUCAAGCCUCAGGAUUACUCUCUUUGGAACAAGCUUGGAGCAACACAAGCCAAUAGUGUUCAGAGUGCUGAUGCAAUAUUGGCAUAUCAGCAGGCACUGGAUCUGAAGCCUAACUAUGUUCGUGCAUGGGCAAACAUGGGAAUCAGUUAUGCCAACCAGGUUUUUACCUCUGCUUCAUUGUUCACAGCUCCAUCAUUAGUGCCAUCUUUGGCAUCUGGUAUGUAUGAGGAUUCCAUCCGUUACUACGUUCGGGCGCUUGCUAUGAAUCCCAAGGCAGAUAAUGCUUGGCAAUAUUUGAGAAUUUCUUUAAGUUGUGCUUCAAGGAACGACAUGUUGGGAGCUUGUGAUUCUCGAAAUCUUGAUCUAAUAAUGCUUAUGGGAGAAUGCAUGGUGCUUUUGACUCCUCGCAUCACUGCAUUUGGAGCUCUUGCUGAAGGGUAUCCUGAUUUCGGGAAGAACCUCCAUGGACAGGAAGUAGGGAAAUCAAAUAUGGUUUAUUGGAGCUAA